GAAGAAUAACGCGACUGCAAAAACAAAAUUCCCAGAAAUUUUCUAAAGAUGCGUAAAGGCAAGUCACUGGACCAGAUUUUUUAUUGUCCAGUGACAGGCCUACUAGACCUAGGCCCGUUAAUUUUGGUUAGGGUGCAAUGUUCCCGCACAUCGUGGCUUUUGAAUUUCCUUGCAGAUCUGGUGAAUCGAACUCUAACCUAUUACUUCAAUGAAAACUUCAUCGAAAUGUGCCAAGUUAAAUUCAUGGAACUCCGAAGACCAGAGCCAGAGUCAGCGAGGGAAUUGAAUUGCAAGGUCUUGGCCGUGCAAGUUGCCACUAGCAUCUUUUGAAGCUCGAAGUUUGAUUGCAGAUUUUUCUUGGAUUUUGGCAUGGGGUUUUGAUUGCAAAAAAUGCUUUAUGAUGACUUGUUAGUGAUGUAUUAAAUUGUUAAAGAAAAUGAGGAGAGGGUGCUUUGUGAAGAACUCAAUAGCGUUUGUAGGAGUGGUGAUUUCUAUCUGUUGCCUUUCGGUGAUUAUGGUAUCAGUUUUCCAGCUUCCGGAGGCAUCACUAAGAAAUAAAGUAACAGGUUCUUACAGAACCAUUAGGAACAGGAAGGUUUCCAAGGAUGAAGCAAUUGGGAAAUUUGGUGAGAUGAUGAUUGAAAUGUUGCCAGAAGAUCUUGCUUUUACAGUCUUUGUCCCGUCCCAUGAAGCUUUUGAGCGUGACCUAAGGCUACAGGUGGAUGAUAGCUUGGUAGCAGAGAAGAGGAAUGACACAUACGCUGUCGUUUCCCGCAUAUUGGGCUUCUCAGCUGUUCCUCGAACUCUUUUUUCUACUACAGUGCCCUCUGGUAAAGAGGUCUUCUAUGAUUCCUUAUCUGGGUUUACACUGUACAUUUCAAAAGAUGGAGAUGGGAUGCUGGUGGUUAAUAGAAUUCGAUCAGAAAAGGUAGGCCUCAGGAGAAUGGAGAUUGUAGUACAUGUUAUGGAUGGAGUGCUGAUGGAUGGGGAGUUUGAACAGGCAGUUCAGCCCGAUUACACUAAAGAUUGAUUAGAACCAAGGCAUUGAAUCUCUCGAAAGAAUGGUUUUUUGCAGUAUCACCUGUGCCAUUAUCAGGUUUUGCCUUGCUGUAACUUGUAAGGUGUAAGUUGAACAAGUUGCAUAUUUAUUCAGGGGCAAUGUAUUUAUAUCUACUUAAAAAACCAUGUCAGAAACCUAACCCAUUCAUUCUAUUUAACAUCUGAGUAGUAUCUUCAUUUUCCAUGUGAA